AAGUUUUGGGCAAGGUCAAUUUUUGUCUAAUUUGGUUUAGACCCAAACUUCUGAAAUACUUUACGAAAUAAUGCUUUUUGUUCCGGCUGGAAAAUAACGGCAUCUGCAAUCCCUACUCUGCUGCACUGUAACCAUUUCAAUUUUUCGGAAUUUUCCUGUUAAGCCUAAAGGUGUUCCAGAUUCGUUGGUUUGGCGAUGGAAGAAAAGCUCCCAUUUAAGAAUCUACAUAGCAGAGAGUACUCAGGCCACAAAAAGAAGGUGCACUCAGUGGCCUGGAAUUGCACUGGCACAAAGCUUGCUUCUGGUUCUGUGGACCAAACUGCUCGAGUAUGGUAUAUUGAGCCACACGGACAUGGUAAGGUCAAAGACAUUGAAUUGAAGGGUCACACUGAUAGUGUGGAUCAGCUAUGUUGGGAUCCCAAACAUGCUGAUCUGAUUGCAACUGCAUCUGGAGACAAGACUGUUCGUUUGUGGGAUGCUCGUAGUGGAAAGUGCUCGCAACAGGCAGAACUUACUGGGGAGAAUAUUAACAUCACCUACAAACCUGAUGGGACUCACGUAGCUGUAGGUAAUAGGGAUGAUGAGUUGACAAUACUGGACGUACGGAAGUUUAAACCAAUUCAUAGACGCAAGUUCAGUUAUGAGGUGAAUGAGAUUGCCUGGAACAUGACAGGAGAGAUGUUCUUUCUAACAACAGGAAAUGGGACUGUCGAAGUAUUGGCUUACCCAUCUCUGCGGCCCCUGGAUACCCUCAUGGCACAUACUGCUGGUUGUUAUUGCAUUGCUAUUGAUCCAGUGGGAAGAUAUUUUGCCGUUGGAAGUGCUGAUUCCCUAGUCAGCCUGUGGGAUAUCUCUGAGAUGCUCUGUGUGCGUACCUUUACAAAGCUUGAAUGGCCUGUGAGGACAAUUAGUUUCAAUUAUACCGGUGAUUAUAUUGCAUCUGCUAGUGAAGACUUGUUCAUUGAUAUAUCGAAUGUGCACACGGGACGAACGGUGCAUCAGAUUCCAUGUAGGGCUGCCAUGAACAGCGUGGAGUGGAAUCCCAAAUACAAUUUACUUGCAUAUGCUGGUGAUGACAAAAACAAGUACCAGGCUGAUGAAGGUGUUUUUCGAAUUUUUGGCUUUGAAAGUGCCUAGUCUUCACCGAAGGCGCAUAUUUAGCUUUUUUUUGUUUUGUUUUGUUUUGGUUUUGUUGUUGCUGUUUUUGUCUUACAGUUCGAGUGUUAUUUAACUCGCACGGCGAGCAACAAUAGUAAAUUAUGUCAGCCUUUGCUUUUUGACCCUUUUUGGGGUCGAUACGAGAUUGAGAGUUUGAUGAUCAAAGUUGAAUUCCCAAGUUAAUGACAAACCAAACGUAGUAAAAUUUCAAUUCAA